GUUCACAAAGAAAGGGCGAAAUAGUCGGCAUACACACACACACGAAAGCGAUGGUUCAGUCAAACUCCAUCCGCAGGUAUUCCUUGAUGAAACAUCUAUUCUAGUAGUUUAUAUAUAUGUAUAUAUACACAUCUCCACCCUUGCAAGUUUUCUGUCCUAGCUAGCUGCAGGCGCAGCAGGAAUUAAUAAUGGGGCGAUCGCCGUGCUGCGACAAGGCGACGGUGAAGCGCGGGCCGUGGUCGUCGGAGGAGGACGCGCAGCUGCGGUGCUACAUCGAGCGGCACGGCGGCGCCGCCGGUGGCUGGAUGGCUCUGCCGCGGAAGGCCGGGCUGCGCCGGUGCGGCAAGAGCUGCCGCCUGCGGUGGCUCAACUACCUCCGCCCGGGCGUCCGGCACGGCGGCUUCUCCCCGGACGAGGACCGCGUCAUCUGCGCGCUCUACGCCGCCGUCGGCAGCAGGUGGUCCUUGAUCGCCGCGCACCUCCACGGGAGGACCGACAACGGCGUCAAGAACUACUGGAACACGCGCCUCAAGAAGCGCUUCCAACUCCUCUUCGCCGGCAUGCCGCCACCACCGUCGACGCCACGGCGACCGCGCGAUGCCGACGUGUAACACCCGUGGCCGCCGACGAUCGCCGGCGACGUGAGAGACAGAGUGGAUCGCCGAAGUCGGCCUGGCGAGCAGAGGAACCUCUGACCUCGCGGUUACUGUAUUCAGUAGAUAAAAAUGUCGUCCCCUCCUUACAGAGAACGCUGGUCCUUUAAGGCUUACAGACUGGCCACUCAGGCCCACAAGUCAUAGUCUAUAAUAUUACAUGCAUAAUGGAAA